AUGCGCUUAUUUUCAUUCUCGAUGCCUCUGAUUGUGUUGAAUUCGACGUUUAGGUUUAGGGAUAAGUGCCGCCUGUCUCUCUCUCUCUCUCUCUCUCUCUCUCCCCCCGCCGGAACCCCAACUGAACCAUGUCCGACUACAGCCGCCCAGACAACGGAUCAGUCUGUUGCAGUUUGCUCCAUCCAAGACGUUUACAUUCCCGCCCUCAAUAAAACCCGGAAUUCAACCUCCUAUCAAUCCAUCUACCUCGAUCUGAAGCUCGACAACGAGAACAAAGACAAAGGGUUUUAUCAAGGACAUCAGAAAAAAGCACGCCGGAAAAACUGGACGGACACGCAAGGAGUGCCGUGGGAUGCAGCCGUGAACAUCACUGGUGGAAGACCGCCGGUAUUCAGGGUGGAUUUGGCGACGGCGGUUAGGUUUAAGAUAUUAUUUUGGAAAACAAAGAGACAUAAACUCAUACUCGGGGCUGAUUUUGAAGUUAGUGACAGGGGUCAGAAACUGCAAAAGAAAGGUACACGGUUAAAAUCCGGUGCACCACCGGAGUUGUUUUCCGGUAAUUCUCGUAUAGCUUUCUCAUUGGUUGUAUUUUGUACAUUAGUAUUGGUGUUCAUUUGA